UGCAAUGUAAUGCAAACGGGAGUCAACUCUUUGAACAAAAAGUCAAACAAACAUUGAUUUGGUUUUGUUUGCCAUUCAAUCGAUUCGUUCAUUUGCUCACAAGUCUCGAGGUAUGGAUAAUCCCAUUGACAUCACUGUCACCGAAGAGGACACCACACUUCCGCCACAACAAUACGAAUACUUGGACCACACGGCGGAUGUCCAAAUCCACGCCUGGGGCACGUCUUUAGCCGAAGCCAUGGAGCAGUCGGCGGUCGCUAUGUUUGCGUAUAUGACGGAAAUACAGACCGUCGACUCCACCGACACCCACGACAUUGAGGUCGAGGGCCACGACCUCCAGUCACUGUUCUACCAGUUUUUAGACGAAUUCCUGUUUGGCUUCAGCGCCGAACCCUUUUUUAUCGCUCGGAAAGUAAAGAUUCUGGAGUUCGACAGGGAGGCCAACAAAAUCAAAGCCAGAGGUUAUGGCGAGACCUUCAGUCUGGAUAAACACCCGCAGGGCACAGAAGUGAAGGCCAUUACGUUUUCAAAUAUGCAAAUCCACGAAAAGGUCGGCCGCACCGAUGUCUACGUUAUUAUCGAUAUCUAAUAUUUUCUACACUAAUAUUUCCCCCAAUUUUUGUUUGUUUGCAAUGUAUUGUCAUAAAGUGAAUAUAGUCAUUGCAAUCACAGAUUAAUUUAAUUCAUUGAUUACUCAUAGGACGUAUGAUUUAUUUUAAUGUUGAGUUCAGAAAUGUUUGUGUAAAUUAUUUUUGAGCCCAU